GGAGUUGUCCCUUUAAACACCGGCUCCAAGGAGGGUAAUCUGCCGGAUUAGGCGCUGGGAAGAGGAUUGGCAUUAAAGGGAACGUCUCCUCCCUUCCCCCAUGUCCUGCAGCGUCCCCUGUCAUGUGUGUAUGGAAACCCAGUUCACUUUCUCCUGGGCAAGCAGAGAGGGGGCUUCUGAUCUGAGGGGCAAGGGGAGGAGGGCAGAGUGUGUGCCAUGGGACUGGGCCUCCUCUUCCUCACCGUGCUGGUCGUGCUGGUCUUCUGCGAGGAUCCGGAAGGAGACCUGGAUACUUACUGGUCUGGCACGGCGCCCAUCUGCUUGGGGGGCUGCAAGGGGAAGCACAAGGAGCUGAAGAGGAGCCAGUGUGGGAAUGGCAGCUGCUGCUGGCUGGGCUACAAGUCCUUCUGCAGAGUGAACUGCGGGCGACCCGAAGCGGACUUCAACUCGGUGGUGUACGGCAACGACUGGUGGGUCGGCUCAGUGGUGCGGUACCGCUGCCGGCCCGGGUUCCUGCUGCUGGGGGACCCAGCCAGCGCCUGCCAGUCCGACGGCCGCUGGACCCCCAAGCCCACCUGCCUCCGGAUCUGCCUGCGAGGUCGGAUUGAGAUCAACGAGCGGGACAUUACCGGGACGUGCUCUUCAUCUUGCAGCACCCAGGCCCACCUGGGAGCCUUCCUCAACCGUGGCUGCAUCAAGAUCUCGGCCUGUGUCACCAAGCACUCGGGCUGGGCACGCUGGUUCCUGCGCUGCAACAUCUGCGAGUGCGACUGCCACGUCCCAUGCGGUGAGUCCCAGUAGCAGCUGCCCACCUCCGCUUCCUCCGGGUAGAGCUGGGCCAUCCGGGGCAGUGGCCACUGGCCCCACGCCGAGGGAGGCUUCCACCGUGGAUGUCUGCUUCCCUUCGCCACGUGUCUCCAUCGCUGCCCUCCUUCCAUAAGCUCUGUCUGUCCCAAGGCUGCCGUCUCGGAGGAGAUGAGAUGUUUGGACAAACUCCCUUGCAGGGCUGCCUUCCUGCCCGGCCACGGCUGGGAGCAGCAGGC